AUGGCUGAUAUUUUGCCAUUUGAAACUGUUCUAAAAGAAAUAUAUUUGAAUAACAAUGAUUCAGAAUUAUCCCCGAAUCGUCCGCUUUACUCCAGUAGCGACGAAGAAGAGCCAAAAUAUGAUUUCAUCGGAGAAACUGUCAAUAUCUUCGCCACUUGUGAUGAGUUAGGUCAAAAUAAGGUGCAUUUUGCUCACGAAGCAAGGAAAUACUUGAAUGAACUCUACAGGAUGCAUGUCAAAGGAAGCGAAACUUUAACAAUGAGCCGUUCAUUGCUAAACACUGGAGCCAUUUUAAAAGAUGAAGCUCGUACUUGGCUGGGUUAUAUUCAAAGGCGAUUAAUCGCGAGGCCACGGAUACGAAAACCAUGGUAUUUUGAAUUUACAAGAGAUAUCCCCAAGGAAAUUUUCUUAGCACUCAAAGAUGCACUCAGGUCUACAAACAAUCCAAACUUGCUGACCGACAUUAACAUGGAUGGCAAUCGGAAAGCCUUCGUAAUUAGUGUGACAUCACUGGCCCGUGUUGUAAGUUUACUUACAGAAUUAACUGAAUUUAGCAAUAGAAAUGUUAAAUCAUAUUGUUAUUGUUAUUGUAUUUUAAUUUCACAUCCCUUAAAAGGCUUUUCAGCGAAAUUUUACAUAAUUGAUCUAAAUUUUUAUACACCAUAAUAAUAGAGACACACACAUAACAACACACAGUCACACAACACACACACACACACACACACACACACACACUUGGUAUUACUACACAAAUAUAUAUGCUAAGGAAAGUGACCAGAAGGAAAGGCAUAGCAAAAGUCAUUGUUUCUAAUGUUAAGGAUUUUGCGUUGGUGUAUAAAUUUGCCAAAAGACAAAUAUAAACUGCUAUUAUGGAUUCGUGGAAUAUUUAUGGUUUCCCUCAGCAUGACUAAACAGUCUAAAAUGUCAUGUCUUGAACAAGUAUUGUAUAUAGUUUUAUUUUAACCUGUUACUGUUUACAAAAUCUACGUACUGUAUGACAUCCUGCCCAGUCGAAAUGGCCUGAUUAUAUGAUAUGUCCACAUUCAGCACAAUUUUUGUAGCAGUGAUCCUGCUACCGGGUGGAAAUGAUACUGAACUGAAUUGCACAUGCCGCCAGGAUCCCACAGAACAAGCUGUUAAUUCUGGCAAGCAGGGUCAUAUAAACAGGCCAUUAUAAGAUAUAACGUCCAGAGAAAUAGAAACAGUAGAAUAUUAUUAAUGUUUAUUUAUAAGGCCACACAUUACACAAUCGAUGUAAUUAUUAUAUGUAUAAUAAUAACAUUGUUUAUGCAACAACCUCAUGUAUAUUCAAAAAACUUUGCUUUGUUUAUUUUUAGCCCAUUGAGUCGUACUGCACCCUGGUGCGCCCUACCUUAGUAUUUUACUCUAUCUAACGCCAGACGAUUUUACUCGUUAAGGGGAGAGCGCAGGCGUUUAAUGUGUUAACUGGCCUAUCUGCCCAUGUGUCUAGUUAACCCAUUGAGUUCCAUUGCACGCUGAUGCACCCUACCUUAGUAUUUUACACUGUCUAACGCCAGAUGAUUUUACUCGUCAAGGGGAGAGCACUGGCGCUUAAUGGGGUAGUAUAAGUGAAACACCACAAAAUCUUGAUUAACCACUAAGUUUAUCUGUUUAACCAAACAUCUAAUUUUAUAUCUUGAUCAAACGCACUGUAAGUUUGUCUGUUUAUCCGGUCCUCGCCUAUUUCCAGAUCGAAUAGAGAAGGGCUCAAAACAUUGAGAAUUUGUAUGAUUUAUAUAUCUUUCAGGUCAUCAGAUUAUUUACCGCUCCCUCUGUAGCAAUAAAAUCACAAAGUGAUACUGAGCAUCGCAUUAUAGUCAAUUGUAGUAAUGAAAUAUAUGUCCCUAAAGCCUUGGAAGGUACGUUAGGAAAAGUCUCUCGAGUAAACUUUUAUCAAAUCUUCCUUGACUUCCGGAUACAAUUAAUUAAUCACUAAUCGACCUGAAUGCUAUGCUACAGUAUCACUUAUAAUGAUAGAGAAAAGUAAUAGAUAA